UCUUCCCCAACCCUACACCGCCGUAGCAACAAUGAAGUACAACCCACGAGUCACCAGCUCCCGCCGCAAAUGCCGCAAGGCCCACUUCUCUGCUCCGUCGAGCGUCCGCCGUGUGCUUAUGAGCGCACCCCUCUCCACCGAACUUCGAUCAAAGCACAACGCCCGAUCCAUUCCCGUCAGGAAAGACGAUGAGGUCCAGGUUGUUAGGGGAACCUACAAGGGCCGUGAAGGUAAGGUGGUUCAGGUGUACCGCCGGAAAUGGGUCAUCCACAUCGAGCGGAUUACUCGUGAGAAGGUUAAUGGGCAGACCGUUAACGUUGGAAUCAACCCCUCUAAGGUUGUUGUCACAAAGCUGAGGCUCGAUAAGGAUAGGAAAUCGCUGCUCGAUCGUAAGGCGAAGGGUCGUGCUGCUGAUAAAUCGAAAGGAAAGUUCACCGUUGAUGAUGUUGCUGCCGGUGCACCUCUCCAAGAUAUCGAUUAGGUUAUCAUUUACUUUUUUCUUAGCUUAUCAAAUUCCCCAUUUUUAUAUGUUGUUUCAAUAUGAGAACCAGUUCUUGGAGUUUUAUGCGUUUAACGGAAUCUGAUUAGUUUGAUGUGGUUAGCAUUAUUCUGUUUUACGAAUCUAACUUGAAUCUUGUCUUCGUGAUUGCUGUUUUGAAUCAAGUGAAGUUGGUAUCACAUUUGAGUUCAUUC